AUGUCGCGCGCUCAAAAUGGAUGUCGGGGCGGUGGUCGUGGAACCAAGGAACCACUCCUCAUUGACGCGGUCAUUGGCAAGGUGGUUAAACGCAACCGUCGGAACCUCUCCGCCGUCUGGAUAGACUACAAAAAGGCUUUCGACUCGGUGCCUCAUACAUGGCUUAAGAGGGUCCUCGAGCUGUACAAGGUUGAAUGUACGGUUCAAGACUUCCUCGGGCAGUGUAUGGGGCAGUGGAGUACGAUCCUUUGUCAUCUAGGCCAGCGGAUGACGGCUGCGGAGAACCACAUAAGGAUAAGAAAGGGUAUCUUCCAGGGCGAUUGUUUGAGUCCAAUCUGGUUCUGCCUCUCUCUGAACCCUCUCAGUACCGUACUGGAGGGCUCCGAGAGGGGAUUUCAGCUUCGGAAAGGAGGUACAAAAGUGACCCACCUUUUCUACAUGGAUGAUCUCAAGUUAUUCUCGUCUCCAGUCGCUCCCAUCUUAUGGAAUUGCUAA